CCCCAAUUUAAACUGUGUAUUUAGGCGGGAAGCGUAGGACGCCAUUUUGUUGGUGUGUUUUGAUGAGGAAUAAUUACCCCGGAGAUUUUGCUGUUUUGCAGAAAUAAACGGGAAAGCAGGAACAUCUUACCGAUUCUGAGUUCUUCUUGGAACUUUUCAGAAGAUAUUCUGAGUGAGGCACCACCAUGUUUUAUGCUCAUUUCAUCCUGAGCAAGAAGGGCCCAUUGGCCAAGGUGUGGCUGGCUGCCCACUGGGACAAGAAGCUGACCAAGCAGCAUGUGUUCGAGACCAGCAUCGAAGGCAGUGUGGAGAGCAUCUUGCAUCCAAAGGUGAAAAUGGCCUUGCGAACGUCCGGCCAUCUCUUGCUGGGAGUUGUGCGAAUCCACAACCGCAAGGCGAAGUACCUUCUGGCUGACUGUAACGAAGCUUUUGUGAAGAUCAAGAUGGCAUUCCGACCAGGCGUGGUGGACCUUCCCGAGGAAAACCGUGAAGCAGCCGUGGCGACCAUCACACUUCCCGAGGUUUUCCACGACUUUGACACCACCGUUCCUGACUUGAAUGACUUUGACAUGCAGGCCUUCACCAUGAACCAGAGUCGUGUGGAGGAGAUCACCAUGAGAGAGGACGUCGGGAACAUCAACAUGAUGGAGACAGACGCCUUCGGUGACCUUCCGUUUGACGACAAGGAAAUGUUGCGAGACGCGAGCAACAUGGACGAGACGCUGUACAACACGGCCGAUGCCAGCAACCUCCUGCUGGACAGCGAUCACAACAAGAAAGACGAGACAGUCGAGAAGCGCCACCCUGAGCUGAGAUACGACGAUCCCAUCAAGGAUGACUUUGGCGGGGCCCCUGGAGAUGGUAUCCUAGGUGCAGAUUUCCUGGGUGCUACAGCAGGGGACUUGUUUGGGGAAGCCCCAGGACCAGCCGGUGACAUCUCUAUUGGACCUGAGAUAGCUGCAACACCCAUCCCUGAACAGGCUAAUGACAAGGAGCGUGCAGGUCCAAGCGGUGAGCUUCAGCCAGAUCAGAAUGCCACAGCUGUUGCCGACCAGACGACUCUGGUACCAAACGAACGGGAGGCGUUCGCUUUAGAGCCACUAGAAGUCACAGGUGUGAAAGAAACGCGAGUGCGUAAGAAGCGGAAGUUGAUCGUGGACCCGGUGAUCGAGCUGGCCAGCUCCGAGAUCCGCGCCCAGCUCGAGGACACCUCCGACAUCGUCACGACCCUUGACCUGGCCCCGCCCACCAAGAAGCUGAUGCAGUGGAAGGAGAUGGGGGGAGUGGACAAGCUGUUCACCAUGCCCUGCCGCGCUGUGGGGGCUAAAGUUCUGCUAGCUAUUUUCCACAGAAAUUUGACAACUGCAAUCCCAGAAGACCUGAGAGGAGAGAAGGGUUCUGCAGUUGAUGAUGAGGAGAGAAUGGAGAUCGAGUCUACAGAAAUGGGAAGAGAUGACAUUUAUGACGAUGGUCCGAUGUCGUUCGGCGGCCCUGCGUCGGUGUCCAGUCUGGGCAGCGUUCCGGAGCCCCUGCCGAUGGGAGAUGAUGAUGACGAUGACUUGCCUGCAGACUUGCCGCCCAAGUCUGUAGAACCACCGGAGGUACCAGAGAGCAGGCCAUCACCCCAACGAGAGGAACAGAAUGCCCUGGGAGGAGUAGAGGACCUGUUUGGGCAGGGAGCGGCCAGUCCUGCUGUGGACCUGCCCCCGAUGUCACCAGCCAAAACACCCUCAUCAUCACCCAGAAAGUCAUACCGUCCGAGAGGCGGCGGUGGCGGUGACUCCUCGCACACGAACGAGACGGAAGAGGAACAGGAGGAACGUCGGCUGAACAAGCGCACCACGCAGAUGCUCCACGUCAUGGACCGUACCAUGGGCUCCACGGGGUCCAUCACCUUCUUUGAGAUGACCAAGAAACACACCCGGAAACAGGCCGCGUCCAAGUUCUACACCCUCCUGGUCCUCAAGAAACAGACCGCCAUCGAGGUCGAACAGAAGGAACAUUUCAGUGACAUCCUCAUUACGAAGGGACCGAAGUUUAACAGUUUAGUCGGCGCGUAGUUAUUGGUAGAGUGUAAUCAUGUAUGUAGCUUAUCUUGAAAGUUCAUCUGUGUUGGUAGAAAUCAUCAUGAAGCAAGUUUAAACUGUAAGUUCCAACACAAUAAAUUGGACUCACCCAAAUGAUUCACUGCUCGCGGAGUCACGUGUGUUAUCUGCGUGACGUCACGGAAGCGGUGGAUUGCUCAUUCCUUGACAAAGACUGGAGUUGUACAGUCGAAAAUUUGGGUGAGUCCAAUUUCUUGUGUUGGAAAUUACAGUUUAAACUUGCUUCAUAAUGUAUGUAGCUGUAUUUUCUUGAAUUUUUCUCUUUUUUUGUUACAACUGUUGGGUACGUAAGUAAAUAUAGAUGUUAGUUUAUAUUGAAUAUACUAGAUGUUAGUUUAUAUUCUGCUCAUGUCAGUCAUCUUUGUUAUGUAUGCCUAGCUUGAUGUGACGAUGUUUCGUUUAUUCUCUCAAAUUCUAAUUUUAUUUUUUGGAAAAGGAAAAGGGUCCAAACUUUGACGACGAUUCAAGUAUGUAGUAUUCAAUCCAAUCUGUAUACCUGUAUCUGUACUGUAUGAUUAAAUAUGUAACUUGUUGCUGACAUAGUUCAAAGGUAUUUUGUUCUAAGAAAUAUCUUUUUUUGCCUUUUGUAGUGUAUUUGGUACAUAUCUUAGUUUCUUUAGAAGUACUAUCAUGUUUCUGGUAGAAAAAAAACAAGGUUAAAAAGAAAACAAUGUUAUUGUGAGCUGUUAACAUACUCUUAAACAUUCACCAAGAGAAAUGUGGACCUAGCUAAGGGGACUUGGGAAAUGUUCUUUAUAUUUUUAGCCGUACUGAUAUUUGUUAAGCAACUCAAAAGACUCGAAACAUCAUACAGUGGGAAGGGAGGACGGCAUAUUCAUGUCUGUUUCUCACAAAACAAAAAAGGGAAAAACAAGAAAAAAAUAAAUCCAAGACUAUGGGCUGAAAUUGGAUUGUACAGGAAGCAUUUGUAGAUGGCUAUCGUAGAAUAGGGUCUACUAGGGGAUUAAAAAGGGGAUUACAAAAAUGUAAAUAUGUUUCUCAGAACCUCCUUCCAGAGCCUUGUCAUAGAUGAUAUACAUGUAACACUGGACCAGGGAUUUGCCUGAAGACUUAGUUUUACUUUCAGUCAUCCAGCAGCACCAUGAUUUUAUCUAAUUUUAAUAUUUCCCAUAUCAGACCAUGAUCAGACAUGUCAAUUUUGUGAAAAUGUGUGAAUGAUCUUUAUUUUUGUUUACUAAGUAUCUACCAUUAGCAACAAGAUGCCAUCAGAUGUGACACACUGGGCAAAACCCUGAUACAUACAUACAUAUAAACAUGACUUUUCUUCUUUUUCUCUUCACCCAGGACUAGUAUAACCUUAACAAUAUCAGUAACUGUUGUACAAUGGAGGUUUUUACUUUUUUUAAUAAAAUGGCUCUUUCAAUG